CUCCGUGUCGUGUCUGACUGUUGAGCGAAGCACACUCACUGAAGGACUACUCUUCACGACAACAGCGUGACAUUGUUUUUUAUUUUCCUGCAAAGAUCACCUGUCAGACUGAAGGAUUACUCUCCCUUCAAGAGGUGGCAGACGCUUCGCUCUCUUCUCCUUCUGCUCCUGCAAAGAAUACCACGAUGAUGAGAGCACGGAUGAGUCUAAACUGCCUCAUGUUUCUCCUGGUCCUGUGCGCCCUCAAUAAGCUGCUCGUGGCUGCAAGCCCUGAACACCAAGAGCAUCCAAAACGGGAUGCACGGUACCAAAUCACCACGGCCCAGUACGAAUGUUUCCAGAGGAUUGUGAAAGAGUCCAACCGCAAAACAAAAGCAAAAGUGGGUCCAGCGUGCAACAUAACCUGGGAUGGGUGGCUGUGCUGGGAUGAGACUGAAGCCGGUGUAACGACAGAGCAGAGCUGUCCAGACUAUUAUACAGAUUUUGACACUCAUGCGGUUGCAUCCAAGGUCUGCUCCAAGACUGGCGAGUGGGGACGCCACCCAGAGAGCAACAGGACAUGGACAAACUUCACAAACUGCAAGGCCAACUACACACAUCAUGGCACGCGGGCAACAAUGAUUAAUUUCUACUUGGUCAUGAUUGGUAACGGCCUGUCGCUGAUAUCACUGCUCAUAUCAUUAGGAAUAUUCUUCCAUUUUAAGAGUCUGAGCUGUCAGAGGAUAACGCUCCACAAAAACCUCUUCCUGUCAUUCGUGCUGAACUCAAUCAUCACCGUCAUCUGGCUUACCACAGUGGUGAAGAAAGAGGGACAUACGUACAACGAUUCUGUAAGCUGUAAGCUGGUCAUGUUCAUCCACCUCUAUCUGCUGAGCUGCAACUACUUCUGGAUGCUCUGCGAGGGCAUCUACCUGCACACUCUGAUUGUUGUGGCAGUGUUUGCAGAAAAGCAACAUCUCAUGUGGUAUUAUCUGCUUGGGUGGGGUUUUCCACUCGUGCCAGCGGUGAUACACUCAAUAGCACGUCAAUGCUACUACAACGACAAAUGUUGGGUCAGUUCAGAUACUUCUUUGUUGUACAUCAUCCAUGGUCCCAUCUGCGCAGCAUUGGUGGUGAAUCUUUUCUUCCUGCUGAACAUCGUCCGGGUUCUUAUCACCAAGCUGAGGGUGACGCACCAGGCCGAAUCCAGCCUCUACAUGAGGGCCGUGAGAGCCACCCUCAUCCUCAUCCCUCUGCUCGGCAUCCAGUUUGUCCUGCUCCCCUACAAGCCCCACGAUCACUGGGUCUUUGAGAUCUACCUGUACAUCAUGAACAUCAUUAUGCACUACCAGGGCCUUUUGGUUUCUACAAUAUUCUGCUUCUUCAACGGGGAGGUCCAAAGCGUUCUGCGAAGACACUGGAAUCAACAGCGGAUGCAGUUCGCCGGCAUGUUCGCCAACGCAGACUUCUUCCGGUCAGCCUCCUAUGUAGCAUCAUCGCUCACAGAGGUCCACCGCUGCUACAGUAUCGAAAGCCACACCGAGCACAUGAACGGCAAGAGCUACUCAGACAUAUUCAGAUCGGACAGCCCUUUUGUCUGAAGGUGGCCCUUGAGAUGUUCAGCACUCUCUUUGACUUCUCCGAGAUGUUACGAAGAUUGAUGUUUUCUUGGAGUUCAUUUGACAUUUUUUCAUCUCCCAGCCAAAAAAAAAACAACAUAUCUUUUUUUAAUUUAUUAUUAUUAUUUUACUUUUUUGUUUUCUCACAAAUAUUCCCAAAACAGAAACAGCUUGAGACCGAAGACGCUGUUUCUUCAUUAUUUACAUCCCACAGAUGUUCAAAGUGGCUGCUGCUGGACAUAAGGAAGACCCCGUGAAUCAAACAGCCACAAUGUAAAGCAUUAACGCAAGGGAUUAAUGCUUUUUUGCAUCGUGUGGAAUAAACUUGAAGAGCCCUCGGUGAACAAGAAGUUGUUCUGUUGAGCUGUUACGAUUUUGCAAAGAAAGAAAUUGAGGUUUUUUGGGGGCAUUUUGAGGAUAUUGAUGUAAUUUAAAAAUAGGUAGUUAUCGGCGAGGGCGUUGUGGAAAUGAAAUGUACGAAAACCUUGUUUAACGACCUCGAAAUCUAGUUGAAGGCACAUAACACUGUGGCAGAGCCAGAGUUGGAGGUCAGCUUGUACAGCAAAGAAGGAAGUGGUUAAAAAGUAUUCAGUUGGCCCAGUUUCAGCCCAGAGAGGUCAACUCUAUGUUUUUAAGAGAAUACAAUAAUGAUUUCUGGAGUUAGUACCAUAUAAAACGAGACAUUCAAAUGUACAAAAGUACAAACACACACAAAAAAGCAGAAGUAAACAGCUAGGUUGCUUUGCUAAAUGUCGUCCCUGCUUUAGCUACUUUAGAAAGCCAUGAAACUCAGAAUAAAGAGUUUUCGAUUCGUGUAUUAUUUCCUUUAGCUAAGUUAAAAACAAAUAAUGAGAAGCUUACAUUGUCUUAGCUGCAGUAGUAUCUUUUUAAAGCUGACGUUACGUUAGCCUCACUGUGUUUUUUUCUUUUGCUUCACAUCUGAUUAUUCCAAAAUGCUGGAGAGAUGAUUGUGAGAUAGUCACGGAGGCAAAUAUGACUGAAAAGUGCAUGUGUUUGUAUAUAUAUAUUUGAGUGUAUAUGACAUAUAUCAAGGCACAAAAUAUGAAUUUUGUAUUUAGACAGCCUUUAGUGUACUUCUGUAGCUAGGAAAACAUCAUUGUAUAUUAAUUAGAUUCCAUUUUUUAAAUAUCCACAAACUGUUGCUGUUUAAUUAUUAGUAGUGAAUCACGUUACGUGUUUUUUUCUAGAUGAAUUCUCCAUAGAGUUUUUGGUGUCCAGGAAAUGAAUUCAGCAGGAACUGAUUUAUUUUGAUUCACAGAUUUGAUAAUUAUUAUCACCUCCAGUUAGAGCUGUAACCUUCCUGUCAGAGAGCUGCUGGUUUCAGCCUCACGUAACAGGAAUUACACAGCAGUCUCACAAAUAUGAACUUACUUAAGGCUUUUUUAGCUUAGCAUGAAGACUGGAAACAGCUAUCUUGACACUGUCCAAGCAAAAUCCACAUAUCAGCACCUCUAAAGCUCACAAAAGACCUUAAAUUAAACUAAAAUACAUAUAAUUACUUAUUUAUCCAUCGGAUUUACAGAAUAUUUCAAGUAUUCCCUAUAAAAUAUGUUCACUUCAUUAAUUUCUAGUGAUAGAAGAAAAAAACUCCCUCAGUGUCACAGGUAUUUUUCAUUAGCUGGAUGUGCUCCUUAGUGUCAAGAUAUUUAUUAUAGGUUACACUGGACAUAUGUGUGUUAGGAAAGAGCACACAAUUCAUGCACUGAACCCUAAAUUAAAAUAGCUAAAAUACAUAUAAUUAAAUUAUACGUAUACGUUAUACGUUAUUCCUUAAACAUAAUGUGUACUACAACAAUUUACAAAACUGGAGGAUUGCUACAGUAAUUUCUAAACAGAUCUUUAGUGAUUUUUGUAGUUAAAUAUGGAGCGUGAGUGGUAUUAAUCUUCACAAGAAAGCUGAGAGAGUCCAAAAUGUUAAUUUAUUUAAAGGAAACUCUUUCCAAAGAUGAAGGGUUUGCAAUACUCAGAGAAGAAUAAUAAGAUAGAUUUGUGAUGCUAUUAACACGAGCUACAUAGGAAAACCAAACUCAAGGUUCACUUAGUAGCUUUCUCUGGAGCUUUCGACCAUAUUCUAAGUGGUUGUAUAUGGGAGAGGGUAGAUCGUAACUUCUAACUCGCUGUAGAAAGCCAUGGCAAAGCCAUGCAAAUAUCUAGUAAAUGAACCUUGAGUUUAGAAUACUUUACCCCAGACAUGUUUCCCAAUGUCAGGAAUGAACCUUAACGUGUCUUUCCCCAUGUUGGAGCUGUUAUACAAGAUUUUCAGAUUUUUUUGGUCACAAUAUGAAACUUAUUUUUGUUUUUGUAACAUAGUUUGUGUCAAUAAAUCCCGACAAUGCUUGUUUAUACUGAAGAAAUAAUGCUGUAAAUAAAAACAAGCUGUCGCUGUA